AUGCAGCAGGCAAAUAGAAAUGGGAAGAGACGGCCCAUCCAAAAGAGAGCACGGAGUUUCCUUCAUAAUAUCAAGUUCCGGAAGGAUUACAGGGCCGGUCUGCCACUCAUUAUCACCCGGUUCACGGGUUAUCGACCACCAGACGCUGAGCCUCCAUAUGAGCCUUUGCCAUUUCCGCCUUUCACAUGGUUGAAGAAAAUCCCACUCCGGCUUGAAGUUUGGAUUUUUGCCUGGAUUGGCGCUUUCGGUGGUAUCCUUCUCAUCGAGGCAAUCAUGUCGACUAGCACGGCUUUUCGCGACACCUAUCACACGCCAACUAUCAUCACGUCUUUUGGUGCGUCGGCCGUUCUGCUUUUCGGAGUUAUCGAGUCCCCAGUAGCACAACCUCGGAAUUUCGUCUUGGGUCAUUUCAUCUCGGCCUUUGUUGGAACCGCCAUCACCAGGCUAUUCGUUUUAAAUGGGAGUUAUCAAGGCUACCUUGACAAUACGAACUUCCACCCAUCGACCUUUAUCAAUGGAGGCCUCUCAAUGGCAACUUCGCUCCUUGCGAUGUUGAUCACGGGAACCGCCCAUCCUCCCGCUGGUGCUACAGGUCUCAACGCUGCGGUUGAAACGCAAGUGGUAACGCUAUCCUGGCGAUAUCUACCCACUGUUCUGGCCUCAUCCCUUAUCAUGCUCGGAUGGGCUUUGAUCAUCAACAAUGUCGGGCGCCGUCGGUAUCCGCUGCACUGGUGGGCCCCUGGCGCAACAUUCGUUCGUGUUGACGAUAACCCAGAGCUGGAAAAGGCGGAAGAAGGAGAGAUUGAAGUUGAAGAGAUGGAGGAGGGUGACCUUGAGCGAGAAAGUACUACUGCUGCUAGUGAAAGGCUAUCUGAGGAUAGCGGAAAGCACCGAGAAGGAUUGUACCGUGUUCCCUCAAGAGAGGUGAGGCGUGAAAGCGUCCAGGCAGAGCCAGCGUCUCUGCCAAGUGCGAUAGACACAACUCCGGGAGAAUAUUCGAAGCGCCGGCUCAGUUCCAGUCGAGAGCGAUAUCGAUGGGACUAG